UAAACUCAGACAAGGUAGUGUAAGCUUAACACAAAGUUCAGAAACAUAUCAUGGAACUGACGGGUUGUUGGUUUAUUUUCUGUUGAGAUGGAAAAACAUGGCAACGAAUGUAAGGGCACUAUCAGCGGUGACGUCACAGAAGUGUCAAAAUUGACAUCGACGGAAAAGACGACAUUUUGGCGCAUGCGCGGUCUGAUAGAGUUGACAGGUGGAUAGUGGAGCAAGUAGGAGCGUCAAGACAAGCUGACGGUUAAGUUUAAAGCCAUAAAAAGAGAAAUCAUGACCGUCUGUAAGUAUUUCAUGCAAGGACGUUGUCAAUAUGGUGUUAAAUGCUGGAACGAGCACCCGGUUGGAGGAGGAGGAAGAGGCUAUAACCGCUCUACCUCUCAACAGCACUCCAGAGGAGAUACAGGUCACAUAUGGGGAAAAAACUUGGAAUUGACCUGCAGUGUGAACAAGACCAAGACGGAGCCUCUCACCAAAAAGGAGGACAUAGCCAGCAAGUGUCCUCCCGUUGUUUCGACACUGGGCAUCAACCGCGGAGACGAUGAACGGGGUGGAAGAGGAGGAAAAGGAGACAGAGGACCAGCACCAGGUGAAGAAGAUGAAGAGCAAAAACUGGAGAUCAUUCAGACUCAGAGUGACAUGAUGGUUUGGGAGACCUCAGACCAGUCGAGCUUUUCAUGUUCUAGCGGCUCCAAGGCACUGUUUUCUGGGUUUGCAGACAUAUCUCCAGAAGAGCAGAGGUUUGAAUAUUACUCCACCGAGAGAUACCUCGAUCGCAUCAGCUGGCUGCUCAUUCAGUGGGGAGACCGAAUGAAUCAAUCUACUCGUGCAGCUUUGAUUGCAGAACUAAGAUAUCCAGCACCUCGGACCUCGUCAAGUGGCUUUGGCUCAGCACCUGCUGAAUGUGGGUCCUCUUCCCUUGAUGUUGGCAAUAAAGGGUUUGAGGCCGAACCACCAGCCCAAGCAACUAAUAUCAGUUUAGCUUCUCCAGCGAGUGGAUUAGGCUCUCCAGUGGCCCCAACAUCUCCUCCAGGUUUCAGCAGUGCCAUCCCAGCUGUGACACAACCGCCCUCUGGGUCUGACGCCACCCAGUCUACAAGUUCUGAUGCACCUCCGGGCUACCCCUCCCCCCGCUCGUCCGGCGAAAAACUUGCGUCUCCAUCUUCAGGGACAGGUUCCUCCUCCACAGCCGAGACCAACAAAGCGAUGGAGAAGUCCGGCGCACCUGCAGGAAAUUUGCCAGGACAGGUGCGUGCGGUGGAAACCUCAGGCGGUCUUUACUCCCUUGAGAGCGAGCUAACCCAGGAGGAGCUGGAUCAGUUCAAAGCACAAAGGUUCACUUUGGGUCUGAUUCCUCUGAAGCCGCCUCCUGCUGCAAUGUUUGCUAUUUAAUGCUUACAUUUAUGUAUUUAUUUUUCAUGAAAAGUUUUUAUUCAUUUAAAUUAAUGCACAUAUAGAAAUAUCUAUAACAAACCCCUCACUCCCCACACUCCAAACAGUCCUUGGACAAAUUAAAUAAAUGCACAUAAAAUAAAAUAAAAAGUGAAUGAAAAAAACUACAUGAGUGUUCAAGCUUCUUAUAGACAAUGCUGGCUAAGUACACUAAAUGUACACACAUUAUUACACGUCUUGAAAGGAGUAACUUGGUUACC